AUGAACUUUUACGCUAACUGGUGGCUUGGAUAUGCUGUUCUUUUGCAAGCAACAUUUGUGUUUCCGCAAGACUACUUAAUGGACCUGAAAUAUGACUUGGGAAAGGACUUUGAACCAGCAAAGUGCAACGGAACAAAAGAAGAUUGCACCAAAUUAGUGAAAUGCCGAUACACCAGUAACGAUAAGAUACCUGCUUGUGUCUAUAUUCUUGCUCACGAAGUCAAUAAAUCAGCAAAGGUUCCUGGUCACAUCCUACAGGGAUGUUUUAACGUUGACGAACGACUAAAGGAAAUGUGCUCACAAAAUGAGUGUCGCACAAGUAAAAGUGCAGAUUCACCCAAAGAAUCGUAUUACUGCUGCUGUAAUACGAGUCGCUGUAAUAAAGUUAUAAGCUUUACUGCCUAA